AUGGCCCUCGAACGAGUUGACGAAGAACCGGGUGACUCUAUUGCUCCCUUCGAAUCUAGUCAAGACGAUGAUUCUUCUGGUGGCCAGCCGCCGCCUCAUGUUGCAAUCUUAAUCACAACAGUAAUAGCUGUUAUCAUUGUUGGAAUAUCACUAUUCUGGUUUGUUAGAUGGCGAAGCAGAAGGUCCCGAUACCGUUCAACAUUUACACGACGUCAAGCUUCAACAAGGACUGGGAAAUCAGAAAUAAGCCAGGCAGGAAAAGGAUCAAAAUCAACUGCCAACGCAAAGGGUGGCUUAGAAUGGAACCCGGAAUCAACUUUUGCAAAGCCAUCUAUACCAGAACCAUACGUUGGAAAGCCAUACACCCAUCCCCAAGGAAUGCUGUCAUCGUCAAGCAUACGGAAAUUCUGGCAUAAUUCUAUAGGUGGAAGUCGACCUCCGAAGCUCCAUAUCAGGGGAAACCCUUCUACGGAUGCAGAGAACGAACUGGAAGGGCUGUCUACGCAUCACCGAGAUGGCAGCGGGGGCAAUUUUCUGCUCCGUGAAACCAUAACAGAAAUCGACAAGCCGCCCAGGAUCUUCCCGAGGGCGACGAGUACACACUCAUCAUCUAUAUUCCAUCUAGACCGACCCUCUGUGGGAGAUAGGCCGGUGUCAACAGCUUCCACCUUGGACCGGAAUUCCCGUAAUACGCCUACCACACAACCAGAGCCCAUGGUAUCAAAAUACCCAUGGUCCGUGGCAACGCAGGUUACCCCUAUCGAACCAUCAUACAAUUCCAUGACCUUCUUCAACCACCGAGAGUCUUACGGUGACAGCGUUCGAGAUAUCGAAGCAGCUAGAUAA